AUGCAUUGUGUUAUACUUUUGUCCACGUUAUUUUCUUUGAUCGCAGUUUACACGCAAGUAACAUCCGCAGCCGGAUGUUGGUCUGCAAAUGCCUGUAUCGAUAAGGGCGUCUGCAGUAAUCGUGGUGGCACAUCUUUAGCAGGUUUGUGUCCUGGUGCUGCUAACAUUCAAUGUUGUAGUUGUUCCACGUGCAAAGAUGCAGCAGUUUGCCGAUCUGGUGGUGGAACGCCUUACGCAGGUAUUUGUCCUGGUGCUGAAAACAUUCAGUGUUGUAAGAAAGGCGGUUCCACUUCUGGAUCAGGCAAACCAGUGAACACAAUGCUCACAGGCUUAGCCGAUAUACUUCGAACAGCUGGUCUCAAGGUUGUCGAAGUUGCUGGUUGGAAGACUCGCGGACAUGGUGUAAUGAGUUCAGUAAAAGGCAUUAUUGUUCAUCAUACAGCAGGCCCAGCCACAGGCGACUUUCCAUCGUUAGCGGUCGUUCGAGAUGGUACAAGCAGUCUCAAAGGUCCACUAGCACAACUUGGCUUAGGCCGUACUGGUACCUGGUUUGUUAUUGCAGCAGGUCGCUCCUACCAUGCUGGCAGCACCAUUGAUGACUCUAUUUACGGCAAUAGCAAUGCAAUUGGUAUCGAAGCUGAAGCUUCCGGCUUACCAGCAACCAAUAGUGGGCACGCUCACUGGCCAGAAGUACAGUAUCAGAGCUAUAUCAAAGGCGUAAAAGCUCUGCAAAAAGCCUACGGUGUUCCUACUGCUCGUGUACUAGGACAUAAGGAAGCUGCAGUACCCAAAGGUCGAAAAAUCGAUCCCAAUUUUUCCAUGGAUGAAUUUCGUUCAAAACUCGGUUAA